AUGGACGCAGACACCUUUGUGGAGUGGGUGCAAGAAGAGAGCUCUAUGUGUCGCGAUUCGCCCACCACCGGAGACGACCACAAAGCAAUCUGCGAGGAGCCCACUGUCUGCCUCGAGGGUUCCGUCAAGAACAGAAACAGUGGCGAUGUAAAGGCAGGAUCGACGCACCGAGAGGAAAUCAAAGCCAAAACGCAGGAAGACGUCUUUGCUGCAUGGGAUGCCGUCUGCGCCACUUUGCCCAAGGGCCUCUUUAGGGUCGAGGUGGAAGGGUUAGAAACCAACCCUUAG